CGCAGACGACGAAGCAGGAGCGGAAGGCGCUCGUUUUCACCGCUCAUGUAAUCGGGAUUCAUUUAUUCUUAUUUUUCAUACUGCUGAUCACUUUUACUCUGGAUACCACAGUAAAGUGAUAGGGAGGAUGUUGGCUACAGGAGCGGCUGUAACCACUGCGGGUCUGGCACAGGUGGACCGUGAGAAGAUCUAUCAGUGGAUCAAUGAGCUCUCCAGCCCAGAAACACGAGAGAAUGCCCUGUUGGAGCUCAGCAAGAAGCGAGAAUCUGUGACUGACCUGGCACCGAUGCUCUGGCACUCGUGCGGUACUAUAGCGGCUCUCCUGCAGGAAAUCGUGAACAUCUACCCGUCUAUAAACCCCCCGACACUUACAGCCCACCAGUCUAAUCGAGUGUGUAAUGCUUUAGCACUGCUGCAAUGUGUCGCCUCCCAUGUAGAGACACGCUCUGCUUUCCUGGCAGCUCAUAUCCCUCUAUUUCUAUAUCCUUUCCUGCACACGGUCAGUAAAACCCGACCCUUCGAAUACCUGCGGCUAACGAGUCUAGGAGUUAUUGGUAAGGGGACUGAUCCAAGCAGAAAACUAUAUCUGACAAUUUUGAAAGAAUGCGAACUGAAAGUCUUUGGUUUUGUAGGAGCGCUGGUGAAAACAGACGAACAGGAAGUGAUCAACUUUCUGUUGACCACGGAAAUCAUACCGCUCUGCUUGCGCAUCAUGGAGUCGGGCAGCGAGCUUUCAAAGACGGUGGCCACAUUUAUACUGCAGAAGAUCCUCUUGGAUGACACAGGCCUUGCUUAUAUAUGCCAGACCUAUGAACGCUUCUCACAUGUCGCCAUGAUACUGGGUAAAAUGGUCCUUCAGUUGUCAAAGGAGCCCUCUGCUCGUCUGCUAAAGCACGUUGUGCGCUGUUAUUUACGUCUAUCUGACAACUCCAGAGCGAGAGAAGCUCUCCGUCAGUGCCUGCCCGACCAGCUGAAGGACACCACCUUCGCACAAGUGCUAAAAGACGACUCCACCACCAAGCGCUGGCUAGCCCAGCUUGUGAAGAACCUGCAGGAGGGGCAAGUCACAGACCCCCGUGGCAUCCCGUUGCCCCCUCAGUAAAGCCACACAGGCCUAUACGCUCGCACUCAACCAAGCACCUCCAGGAAGACUAGGAUACAAACUUACAACGCAUCCCAUCAACCAGUAAACCACACAGACUGUUUUUACAUUCAAGGGCACUUACAAAAAGAAUUUUUUUUUUGCCAAGAAGUUCAGAAACGGUGCUCAGCAUUCACGGUUCGUUUUUCUGAGAUGCUAAAGAUAUUGACUUGGGAGACCGAGGGAGAGUCGCCUCGCGCAUUAUCAGUUUGUUUUGUCGUUACUUUCUUUCCUCGUCACCUUUUUUGACGAAGCCAAGAGGAGUUUAAGGACUCGUCUGUCGUGUGUUUUCCUCGCACAAAAAGGAAACGUGUAUGUAAUUUUCAAAGCUGUAAAAUAAACUGUCAUCGUAAAUGUCAAGCGAAAUCGUGAUCACUGUGCUGCUUUUUUGCUGUUGUUACUGUGUUGUUUUUCACUAUUUUGAAACUACAAGACAGGCAGUCUAUGACAUGCAUUUUGAUCCCUGAAUCCCAGAAAAGUCAUUUUAGUUUCAUAAAUGCCAGAGACAAUCUGUGAAGAAGUCAACUGUUAUAUACACAUUUGUGCAUGACUUAAAUCAAUCUUGUUCUUCAUAAACAGAAAAAUAUAGACCUCAAAUAUUGUAUUUCACACCCAAUUGUAUCAACAAAACAUAACCGGUUCAAUUUGAACAAUAUUCACCGCUGUGUUAUGAACGUCCGAUAAAACGCAAGAAGGGAUAGUUUAAUUAAGAUGAUGUCUGUAAUGGAAAGUGUUUGUCCCUGUGUGCGGGUGUGUAUAGGAGUCUGGAGACACUCCAAGCGUUGACUCGAUGCAGGCAGGGACCCCCUUAUAAAGGUGGCCGGAGCCAUGCGUGUAAGCCGAGCCUGGAAACUGAACUCUGUCGUGUUUUAUUCAUGAAGAGAAACACGAGGAAGGAACAUAGGGGAAGAAUUCGAAUAGCCAAAGACAUCCCAAAUCAACCAGCGCGACCCCUCCUAAACGGUUUGAUGCGUUUUAGAGAAUACAAAAUAGAAGUUGAAAUUAAAAAAAGAUUAUCAGAUCAUACAGCAUUGAUUGAAAUAUGAAAUGUAAAUUCAUGUCUUUUUUGUAGUUCUAUGCAGUUUUUCUUUGGACACUUUGUAGGUUCAUGUUUAUUUUUUCUGCUCCUUGAUUUAUGGUAAAACAGAAAUAUGCUAUUCUGCAUCAUUACAACAGUUUAAAUGUUCAAAGAUAACAUUACUCCCAACAUAAUAACAGUCCGAAGGUGUUUGCAAACAGUUGAAUGAACUUUACAUUGUUCUCAGUGUUCAUAUUUUCGUGUUCUCAAUCGUCUCUCUUAACCUUUCUAAAUGCCUUAUAGUAACUUGAUCUAAGCUUCUCUGCUCGGCAGCGAAGAGCCCCAAUAAUAGAGGCCAAGCGUAGACAAUAGGCUCUUGAUAUGUGCCCCACAAAGGCACAUUAAACUCCUCGACAAGUGUUUUUCAAAGCUGGGCUGAAGGACAGUGGCUCUGACUGAUGUAAAGUUUUCAACAUGCAAUGAAGAUGUUUUAAUAUUUCAUCGUCCUUAUGGUCUUAUUUGAUAAUUGUGUGCAAAUGGAUGUAGUACCUUUCUGAUUCAACUUUGAAAGUACCACAAAAGAAUAUAUUUUUUUAGAAAUGUUUUUACAGAAGUCAAUUGAGACCCAUGUUGUUUGGUUACCAACAUUCUUUAAAAUAGUUUUGUGUUAUGCUAAAUAAAGCACAGGUUUGUAAAAACAUUAGGGUGAAUAAAUGAUGAAAAAUG